AUGGGUCGCAAGCAUGCACCGCAGCCGCUGACGCUGUCUGAAUCUCAGUCCGCCGACCACCAGCCUGAGGACGUUCCGCGCUCUGCUGAAACCCUCGCCUCUACCGUCCCUCCAAGCGCUGGCUCCAAAUCGCAAUCUUCUCCCAGAUCUCCGCGCUCUCCCUUUAGGUUCACUCCGAAAAGACCCAGCACCAGUCGCAAACAGUCUCUACAGCUGGCUGACGAACAUCGAAACUUUGACGACGACGACGACGAAUUUCAGCAGUAUCCGCCCAUUUCCUCCGCCCUGCACCGCGCGUCCGAAGACACGCCCCCUCGCCAGCAUCAUCAGCAACACCCCAUCAGCCCCCGUUCUCAGCACCGCCUCGACCAUCCCUCCCCUGGCUCCAGCAGCACCAAAGCCUCCAAGGGCGGCUUCUUCUUCAAUUUCACAAAGUCGUCCAAAUCGUCCCAUUCUCUCGCAUCUUCAUCCUCGCCCGCCCACCACCACCAUCAGCAGCAACCCUCGCGCCAUAACCACCAGCAGAACCCGAGCCAGAACCCUGACUCGAGAGGCGAAACUAUGUCGAGGGGCCCCGACAGUGCUCCCAUGAGCACCACCCAACCCACCCAACCUUCAGCCGACUCGUCCUAUGCUGAGAACGCCGUCCAAAAGCCCGCACCCACCUUGCCGUCCAAGUCCGACGUGUCAGUCGCCUCCGCUGCCGACUUCGAUCCCUCCGCUUCCCAACCCUCUUCGUCGAAGAAGGGCAAGUCGAAGCCCUUCGGUCUCUUGACCCGUAACAAGUCCCUCCGCGACAAGGACCGCGACAAGGACGGCUCAAGCUCUAGGGACAAGCAGCCGAGCCCCGUACCAAUAACGAUCAGCGAACCCGAGCCGUCGCACAUCCCCUCCGACCCUUACAACCCACGCAAGGCGUCAGCGCCUGCACCUGCAACUGACAGGUCAAUCAAGGAAAUGGUCAAUUCCACGGCGCGGAACCGCUCAGAAGACCGCGGUUCGCCACGAGACAUGGGCAACAAAGAAAACCUGAGGGAGAAGGGGAACAAGGAGAUUCAGAGAGAAAAGGAGCACCACCCCCGCCAGAAUUCCUCUUCGGCAAAUGGAGGCUUUUUCGGUGGUUUGAAGAGCGGAAGAGAUAUGAUCAGCAAUCGUCUUUUCGGAAAGGGCGGCCGCAGUGGCAGCACGACGGAGAAGGAGCCUGUCAUCGACGAUGAACACUACCAGCUUAAGACUAUCAACCUGCCUCUGGUAGAGCAAACACGACGCACACGUAUUUCGAAGCGUUUGGAGGACUCUAGAGACAAGACUGAGUUCUGGAUGCCUGCUUUCCCAUGGCGCGCAAUCGACUAUCUGAAUUAUAAGGGCUGCGAUGUCGAGGGUUUGUAUCGUGUGCCGGGUAGUGGACCCCAGAUCAAGAAGUGGCAGAGGAGAUUCGACGAAGAAUACGACGUCAACUUAUUCGAGCAGCCUGACUUGUACGACAUCAACAUUAUCGGUUCUAUGCUCAAGGCAUGGCUGAGAGAGCUUCCCGAUGAGCUGUUCCCGAAGGAGGCACAGGAACGCGUUGCGAGGGAAUGCGCUGGCUACGAAACCGUUCCUCCACUCCUGGUCGAGGAGCUGUCUAACCUAUCGCCGUUCAACUACUACCUGCUCUUCGCCAUCACCUGCCACCUCAGCCUACUUUUGGCCCAUUCGGACAAGAACAAGAUGGACUUCCGAAACCUUUGCAUUUGCUUCCAGCCCUGCAUGAAGAUUGAUGCUUUCUGCUUCAGAUUCCUGGUUUGCGAUUGGCGCGACUGCUGGAAGGGCUGCAAGAACGAGGCAAAGUUCAUCGAACAGGAGUAUCAGCUUUUCGACCAACCUCCCCCGAAGGGCCUGUCAGAGCCACGCAAGCCAUCCAAGGAGUCAUCACAGGAACCAACACCGGAGGAACCAACGAUUACUUUGGAGAGGGCCGCAACACCGUCUGACAACAGCAGCAAGCACUCAAACGCUAGUACCGAGCAACCAAAGGAUCGGCGGCUAAAAAAAAAGCCCCUCCAACUCUCUGAGUCCAACGGCAGUGUCGCAUCUAACUCGACCAUGGCAACAACUCUGACGAUCGACAGCGGCCGCGACGCGCCACGAGGUUCAAGCGACCUGCGACCUCUGUCACCCAUCAAGCCUCUCUCGCCCCUCGGUUUCUAA